UAUCUUUUUUGAGCUCGGUUUGGGAUGCGUUCAGUCCGCAAACUACAAUCUGACAGUCCAACACACUGUCACAGCUGUCUGUAGACUUUCCUCAGCUCUCCAGAUUCCUAUCUUGCAGCCUCAGACAUGGCGCUUUUAGCUUGAAAAUGGGUUUGAAACAAAACUUUUCCCCAAGUGGCCGGGCUGCUGAGAGGGCAGCCCUGAUGCUGGUGGGGGCCAUAGCAUCCCAGCGCAAUGCCUUCCUCUUUCCUAGUCUGGCUCUGGGCUCACGGAAAAGGGGCGGAGAGGAGAGAGAAGAGGAAGGGGCGGAGGUCACCCUUGUCCUCCAACCCGCCCAAACUGCGAGCGCUGCUAGGUGCUGAGGGAUCGAAGAGGCGGUGCGGUCCGCACGUUCCGCUGUGGGGGAGCGCAAGGCUUGAAGCGAGGCGAGAGACAGCAGGAGACUGACCAGGGAGCGGAAGAGCGAGCGCAGCUCGGCGCCCCGGGAGCCUUUGGCAGUGGCGGAGCGGAGGGAGGCGGGGCGCGCGAUGGCGCACGGAGGGGCGCGCUCUUCUGCUCCACCUUGAGCCCUGCCGGCGACCCGAGAUGCCAAGAUGCCUGGACUGAAGCCCGCACUGUUCUGAGAGGGAGAUGACUUGAGCAGCCGGCUUUUUUUUCUUCUCCACAACAAUGUCCAUGAACAAUUCCAAACAGCCCGUAUCUCCUGCAGCUGAGCUCCUUUCAAAUACAACUUGCCAGACGGAAAACCGGCUAUCAGUCUUCUUUUCAGUAAUCUUCAUGACGGUGGGAAUCUUAUCAAACAGCCUUGCCAUCGCCAUACUCAUGAAGGCAUACCAGAGAUUCAGACAGAAGUCCAAGGCAUCAUUUCUGCUCUUGGCUAGUGGCUUGGUAAUCACAGACUUCUUUGGCCACCUCGUCAAUGGGACUAUAGCAGUAUUUGUAUAUGCUUCUGAUAAAGACUGGAUCCGCUUUGACCAAUCUAACAUCCUUUGUAGUAUUUUUGGUAUCUCCAUGGUAUUUUCUGGUCUGUGCCCACUUUUUCUAGGCAGUGUGAUGGCCAUCGAGAGAUGUAUUGGAGUCACCAAACCAUUGUUUCAUUCUACAAAAAUUACGUCCAAGCAUGUGAAAGUGAUGUUGAGCGGUGUGUGCUUGUUUGCUGUUUUCAUAGCUUUGCUACCCAUCUUUGGGCAUCGAGACUAUAAAAUUCAAGCAUCAAGGACCUGGUGUUUCUACAAAACAGAACAUAUCGAAGACUGGGAAGAUAGGUUUUAUCUUCUACUUUUUUCUUUUCUGGGGCUCUUAGCCCUUGGUGUUUCAUUCUUGUGCAAUGCCAUCACAGGAAUUACACUCUUAAGAGUUAAAUUUAAAAGUCAGCACCACAGACAAGGCAGGUCUCAUCAUUUCGAAAUGGUCAUCCAACUCCUGGCUAUCAUGUGUGUCUCCUGCAUUUGCUGGAGUCCAUUUCUGCUGACGAUGGCCAACAUUGGAAUAAAUGGAAAUCAUUCUACCGAGACCUGUGAAACAAUACUUUUUGCUCUCCGAAUGGCAACAUGGAAUCAAAUCUUAGAUCCCUGGGUCUAUAUUCUUCUACGGAAGGCUGUCCUUAAGAAUCUCUACAAGGUUGCCAGACGCUUUUGUGGAGUGCAUGUCAUCAGCUUACAUGUUUGGGAGCUUAGCUCCAUUAAAAAUUCCUUAAAGGUUUCUGCAAUUUCUGAGUCACCAGCUGCAGAGAAAAUAAAUCAGCAGUCACCCAGUUUAAUAGGACAGUAAUUCGGUGUAAGUUUAGGACAAAAUUAAAAG